CCUUUCUUUCUUCGGAUCAGAGAAGUGUUCCGUGCUGGUGUUCCUGCAUCCUCCGUCGAGUCGCGUGUUCGUGGAAAAGGUCAAAUCCUUUUUCUGGAGAGAGAGUUCUUUGCGUGCGAGUGAUUGAUUGAUUGAUUGAUCCAGCCGAUCGUGAGGUGUUUUUUGAAGCUUGGAUUCGAGCGGUGUGGUCUGGUUGGAUCGGGAGUUCUUGGCUGGUGGGGGAAGGGUGAGAGGUUGCGGGGUGGGGGAAGAACGGGUUGUUGAGCGGAUUGGAGGCAGCGGAGAUGGUGGCCGGAACGGAGGUGAUGCAUCAGGUGGUGCCGCUGUUAGAGUCGUCGCUCCGCCGCCGGUGCUCCGUCAAGGGGGGCGAGGAGGUGUCGGUGUCACCGUCGCCGGUGGAGGAGAUGCCGCCGGUGGUUGGCUCGGAAGCCGCCGUCGUCGAAGCGCCUGAACUGAUGGUUAAGGCACCUGUGGAAUCAUUACAAUUUUCCCCCAACAUUCGAUCUGGUAGUUUUGCUGAUAUUGGACCUAGGCGGUACAUGGAAGAUGAACACAUCCGAAUUGAUGAUCUUUCUGGUCAUCUUGGCUCACUGUUGAUGUGCCCAGCACCGAAUGCCUUCUAUGGGGUUUUUGAUGGCCAUGGGGGUCCAGAUGCAGCAGCCUACAUGAAAAGGCAUGCUAUAAGGCUCUUAUUUGAGGAUUCUGGGUUCCCACAGGCAUUAGAAGAAGAUGAAACAUUUUCAGAGUUAGUAGAGAACUCAAUCCGUCAAGCAUUCUUGAGUGCUGACCUUGCUCUUGCCGAUGAUUUGGCCAUCAGCCGAUCUUCAGGAACAACAGCUCUUACAGCUUUGAUAUUUGGAAGGAAGUUGUUGGUUGCGAACGCCGGGGAUUGCCGUGCAGUCCUAUGUAGGAAAGGUGUAGCUGUGGAGAUGUCUCGCGAUCACAGGCCAACAUACGACGCAGAGCACCAAAGGAUUGCUGAGUGUGGAGGGUACAUUGAAGAUGGCUACCUCAAUGGAGUACUGUCUGUGACCAGGGCAUUGGGGGAUUGGGACAUGAAAAUGCCUCAGGGCUCGCGGUCACCUCUCAUCGCCGAGCCGGAGUUCCAGCAAGCCACACUUACUGAGGACGAUGAAUUCCUCAUUAUAGGUUGCGACGGCAUAUGGGACGUCAUGACCAGCCAGCACGCGGUGACCAUAGUCCGCAAGGGGCUCCGACGACACGAUGACCCUGAGAGGUGCGCGAGGGAGCUCGCCAUGGAGGCGAAGAGGCUCCAAACCUUUGACAACCUUACUGUGAUCGUCGUUUGCUUUGGGUCUGAGCUCGGGGGUGGCUCACCGUCUUCAGAGCAGGCGCCGAUCAGGAGGGUUAGAUGUUGCAAGAGCCUGUCUUCGGAGGCCCUCUGCAACCUGAAGAAAUGGCUGGAACCUGAUGAGUAGAUGAUGAUGAUGAUGAUGAUGAUGAUGGGCAGGUUUUUUGCUCCUGCUCUGUAAAUACCCUGAUGGCUGUUCUUACACAGCCAGCAAUUUUGUAGCAAGUCGUUUCUUCUUUUGGCGCCAUCUUUGAUGUACAUAUAUAUUCAUCGGGUUCACCCGUUCAUGUAUUGUUACCCUGCCCUUUAGUGAAAAUUUGCAGUACAGAAAUUGUC